UAUCUGCUCUUAUCUGUGAACGAAUAAAAUGUCUUGACAAUAAUAACCGCUUGCUCUCGAUAAUACCGAGUGAAGCGUCCAGGGCGCUUCGUAAUCAUCUUUUCUGAUAACGACCGCGAGAUUUUACUGCUUUCAAGUUUUCAGUGCGUUCUCGAUCGGUACUCUAUCUGGAAUAUAAAGUGUCGCUCGCGCAUCUAUAAAUCGAGACCGGAAUUUCGGGUUUCUUGGCAGCCAUCAAGAUAUUGGACAAAGUGUUGACGAGAUGCAAAAGUGACGGUUAUUAGCGAAGUAAUAACGAGCUUCUGCAAAUUAUUCGAGACACAAACGAGAGAAGAUUAAUUUUAAGAAGAUCGUGGAAGAUCAUAGCCAUGGCGGCCAAUGUUCUCGCUGCUUUUUCGGUUCUUAAGAACCACGUUAAGUUCAAAGUCAAUCAGAACGCGGUAGCCGUUGACAAUCUCGUUUUCAGACUACACUAUAGGGUUACAUUUAUGUUGCUUCUCAUUGGGACGAUUUUGGUUUCUUCCAGACAAUUCAUCGGAGAACAUAUAAGAUGUAUCACCGAUAUCUCUAUACCUACUCAUGUCGUCGAGACCUUCUGUUUCUUCAUGUCUACGUAUACCGUGGUGAAGCAUUUGAAUGCUACCGCGGUGCUGCAAGGUGAAUUACCACAUCCUGGCGUUGGACCAGCGGCUAAGGGCGACCCCGUCAUACAUCACGCUUAUUAUCAAUGGGUGCCUUUUGUCCUGUUCUUCCAAGCGCUUCUCUUCUAUCUGCCGCAUUAUAUAUGGCGAAAAAUGGAAGGUAAUCGGCUAAGUAUGUUAGUUUCGGGAUUGCACAUGGCAUCUUUAUCAUUGAAUGAAACGGAGCUUAAUGUAAAUGAUAUAAAGAUACCUUCGAAAAAGGAUCGCGAUGAAAGGAUACAGCAGAUUCGCACCGGUUUCAUAAACCGAUUGCACUUGAAUCGUCCGUGGGCAUACGGACUGACUUUUUGCGAGAUAAUGAAUUUUAUAAACGUGAUCAUGCAAAUUUUCUUGACUGACUGGUUCCUCGGAGGAGCUUUCCUAGGCCUCGGUCGAUCGAUUUCUCAAUCAAGGCCUACGGAUAAAGUGGAUCCACUCGACAUAGUUUUCCCGAAGGUAACCAAAUGUAUUUUUCAUAAAUACGGUCCUUCUGGCGGCAUACAAAAGCAUGACGCGUUGUGCGUGAUGGCAUUGAAUAUUGUUAACGAGAAGAUCUAUACGGUCCUUUGGUUCUGGUUCGUCGUGCUAGCAAUAAUAACCGGUUUGGGAUUGGUUUGGAGAGCGCUGACCAUGAUCCUUCACGCCAGAAGCACGUCAUUCAACAAAUUCAUGUUUUCUAUGGCCUGCCCUGGCAAAUACAAUCCGUGGAACGUACUCAAGGUCACUCACGAGUAUUACUUCGGCGACUGGCUAUUUCUCUACUACAUCGCCAAAAAUUUGGACAAUUACGUUUUCAAGGAGCUUUUUCAGAAGUUGGCGGAAGAUCUGGAGAACAGGCGUCACGCGCGUUUCAAAAUCUUGCCCCCAUUCGAGCAAAGUCUGCUGAAGAACCAGUGGGAUGAUAUUAAGCCUUCCGUAAAUUGAGAACUUGAACAAUUACAGCAACUGUUAAAUACUCGUUUAUAAGUAGCGUAAUAUGGAAGCUAAAGUGUUAAAUUAGUUGUCAUCUUUUUAUAAUCUAUAUUGCUUGUUAAUCUCUUUUUUUUAAUCAAGCCAUUUUUUUUAACUCAAGCCAUGUAAUACAUGUUCGAUAAAUUAUAGAAUUUACGUGGAAAUAUUGGUAGAAAGCUUUUAUAGUACUAUUUAAUAGGUAGCUAUACAAAUAUCGAACAAGUAAGCUGGAAAGCUCGAUUAUAAUAUGUUGGGACGAUUUUCAAGCAUACGUCGUGAUGACUUUGGAAAUAUGGCUAUCUCUCGUAAAUUAUAUGCGAAUUCUAUUAAGCAGGGAGUUCGGCAGUGUUAUAAUACACGUACGAAAAAUAGAUACAUCUAUUUUUUGUACGUGUGUUAUAACACUGCCGAGCUCCCUGUCAUAGAUACAUUUUUGUACGUGUAUUAUAACACUGCCGAAAAAUUGCCGCUUUAUACGUAUAAACGUACUUUAGCGAGAUUUACUGCAAUUGCAGAUAAUGCGUCUUGCGUGCAUCACAUUUGUAGCAUGUGUGCGCGUUACAUGCAUGACAUAAAUGCAUAAUCAAUCAUCUUUUCUAGAUAUAUCGUACGGACACGCGUGUAUACGUUGCGUGCAAUCACGUACAUAGUGUACGCGUGUGCGUAAACUAGUACAUACCUGCAUAUACGUACACAAUAAAUACGAUCGUACGGUUCCCGAUUCGAUAAAUGACUCGAUAAUAGUUCGGAUCGUUAAGUUGUUAAGACCUCUGAUUGGAAUCGUGGUCUACUAUCGAGAACAGUCGCGUUCGUUAGAGCUUUAGGUUUUACGACUCGCUGUUUAUUCGAAUCAUUAUUGCAUUCUGUACCUCCCGUCCGUUUAAAAAUGUUGACUCGAUCACAAAAAAGCACAUAUAUUUAUUUUAUAUAAUAUUAUCUUUUAAUUAUUAUAUAACGUGGCAUAUAAAAAAAUCAUUUCUGCUUCUAGAAUCAUUUGUAGAGCUAGCUAUUAUCAUUAAACCUCUUUUAAAAGUAGAUUUU